AUGUCCGAUAGCUCUGGUAUUAGUACUGCAAGUACAAUUAUUGGAAUUGUGGUGGGAGUUAUCGGUGGUAUUUCAACUCUUGUGUUCUGUAUUGUGAUGAUUGCUUGUUUUUUUAAAAAAAAUAACAGACCCAGUGGUAUCGUACAACCUUAUUAUGCUCCACCACCACCACAUAUUAUGAAUCAAGCGUACCCACCACCUCCGUAUGGCACCGAUACAAAAUUGUAUUAUAAUCAACAACCACAACAACAGGUGUAA